AUGAGCGACAAUGGAGACGAGAACGGCGUAGACCAGUGGUCCCGCGUCGAGCAAUUCCCCGAACACCUCAAAAAAUACUGGUUCCAACGCUUCAAAAUCUGGGAAAACUACGACCAAGGCAUCUGGAUGACUGAAGACGCCUGGUUCGGCGUAACCCCAGAACCCAUAGCCAACAAGAUAGCCGCGCACAUUGCCGAGUCUGCACCCAAGGAAAAGACCGUCAUUGUCGACGCGUUUGCGGGUGUAGGCGGUAAUGCUAUUGCACUUGCGCGCUCUGGUCGGUGGGAACGCGUGUUUGCGAUUGAGAAAGAUGCGAGGACGCUGAAGUGCGCAAAGCACAAUGCUGAGAUUUAUGGGGUGAGCAACAAGAUCUUCUGGCUGAAUGCGGAUUGCUUCGAUGCGAUCAACAGGUUUUCGGGUCAGAAGAAUGUUGUGGUGUUUGCGAGUCCGCCGUGGGGAGGGACCGAGUACGGUGCAGAGAAUGUCUUUGAUCUGACAAAGAUGGAGCCGUACAAUCUUGAUAAGCUCUACAAAGCCUUCACCAAAGUGAGCAACGAAGUGGUAUUGUAUCUGCCGAGGACAUCGGAUCUCAAUCAAAUUGCCAGAUAUGGUCAUGAUGGUAAGAAGCUCGAGGUGGCACAUUAUGCUAUGAUGGGUGCUAGUAAGGCUCUAUGUGUGUAUUUUGGAGACUUUGAUUUCGAGAUGGAGCAGGAAAAUGAAUAG